AUGAUGCUUGGAGAGAGGUCUGACCCGCGCCGUCGUUCUAAAAUAUUUAUUACCAAAGAGCUCCAGCGCAUUUCAAAGUGCCCAAGUGACAAUUACAGCGUAGGCCUGCUAGACGACAAUAUCUACCAGUGGGAAAUCCUUAUAAUAGGGCCGCGAGACACACUAUACGAGAAUGCUCUUCUGAAGGGAGUUAUGCUCUUCCCUGAGACGUACCCUGAUGAUCCUCCUUCUUUUAAAUUUGUGUCUGAAGUGUGGCACCCGAAUAUUGAUUCAGAUGGAAAUGUGUGCAUCUCCAUACUUCACAAGGCAGGGGAUGACGAGUUUGGAUAUGAAGACGUGUCGGAGAGAUGGAUGCCUGUGCGGGAUAUAAACUCGAUCCUUCUCUCGAUUAUUCUCCUCCUGGUGGAGCCAAACUCCGAGAGCCCAGCGAACAUUGAAGCAGCACAGGAGUUCAUAAACGACAGAAUGCAGUACAAUAAGAGAGUAGAAAGACUGGCACAGAAGACUAUAGAAUGA